UUACCGCUGAUCUGGCAGCCUGGCCAAAACAAGCGUGCACAAGAAUCUUACCUGUAGAGGAAUUAGCCUCUGAAAAGACGAGUAACUAUGAGCGAAAGUGAAGCGGAGGAGACCAAAAUCAGCACCGAGCCGGUGGACAAUGCGUGGGCCUUGAAGAUCCCUGCCUUCAGGCAGGAGGACAACCCGCAUGGGAUGGUGGAGGAGAGCUCCUUCGCCACGCUGUUUCCCAAAUAUCGGGAGCGCUAUCUUAAGGAGGUUUGGCCUCUGGUGGAGCAGUGCUUGGCGGAGCACCACCUGAAGGCGGAGCUAGAUUUGAUGGAGGGCAGCAUGGUGGUGAGGACCAGUCGAAAGACCUGGGAUCCCUACAUCAUUAUCAAGGCGCGGGAUAUGAUCAAGUUGAUGGCCAGAAGUGUUCCCUUCGAGCAGGCCAAGCGGGUCCUGCAGGACGACAUCGGGUGUGACAUCAUCAAAAUCGGAAACCUUGUGCACAAGAAGGAGAAGUUCGUGAAGCGGCGACAGCGUUUGAUAGGACCUAACGGCGCCACCCUGAAGUCCAUUGAACUGCUCACCGAUUGCUACGUUUUGGUUCAAGGAAACACAGUCUCCGCCUUGGGUCCUUACAAGGGCCUUCAGCAGGUGCGAGACAUUGUCCUGGAGACCAUGAACAAUGUGCACCCCAUAUACAACAUCAAGGCUCUGAUGAUCAAGCGGGAGCUGAUGAAGGAUCCGCGCCUGGCCAAUGAGGACUGGUCCCGAUUCCUGCCCAAGUUCAAGAACAAAAACAUUAGCAAACGCAAGCAGCCGAAGGUCAAGAAACAAAAGAAGGAGUACACCCCAUUCCCGCCCAGCCAGCCGGAGAGCAAGGUGGACAAGCAGCUGGCCAGCGGAGAGUACUUCCUCAACCAGGAGCAGAAGCAAGCGAAGCGCAACCAGGAGCGCACCGAGAAGCAGAAGGAGGCGGCCAAGCGCCAGGACGAACGCCGCAACAAGGACUUUGUCCCGCCCACGGAGGAGUCGGCUGCUUCAAGCCGGAAGAAGGAGGAUGGCUCCUCCUCCAACAAAGUGGACGUGAAGGCCCUGAAGGCCAAGCUGAUCAAGGCCAACAAGAAGGCGAGGAGCAGCUGAUAGUUUUCCUAGUUUUAAUUAGUCCGUAAGCCUAUUCAAUAAAACUGAUUUUCUGAGCAAUGUGGAAAUGGAAA